UACGACUUAAGCACUUUUCUGUAUUCAUGUUAUUUUCCAGGUAAAAGUUAUUACCAGUGCACAGCUCCCAACCUUCAUUGCUCACAGUCAGGGAGCUGCUGAAGUAGAGCCCGGAUGACAUCUCAAUGGGAAAAGCCUGGGAGACUCAUGCCUGGGACAGGGGAAAGUCAGAUGGCAUCUCAGUCUCCAUGGACUUUGUGACUACAUUUUCUGGAUCUUCCCAAGAUGGGGAAUUUGCAGUGUGCAGGCUCCUGCCCCCGGAUCAACCCUAGAGAAACCAGAGAAGCAAGAGGGGAAGAUUCCGGGAAGGGAGAAUGACAAUGACCACACAGAACUGCUGCGUGCAGUUAUCAAGCCCACUUUACAGAUGAGAAAACGGAGACACGAACACUGGUUAAGCAAUCAGCCUGCGAUUGAUGACAGGCAGUGGUGGGAUUUGAACCCAAGCAGUGUGAGUCCAGCCUGGAACAUUGUACCUGCCGCCCUCUGGCUGGAUCAGGGAGCCCAGCAGAAGGGGAAAUGCGAGGAUGAAGGCCGCAAGAGAGGGGAACUUGGGAGCUCUUCCCGAAGCCUGUGGAAUGGAUGAAGGGAGGGAGGAUAGAACACGAAAGCCAAGAAGUAAAGAGGAUGCAGUCAGAGGGGCAAUGUGUGGAGUGGAGAGACCCGGAACGAGGAACCGAGGAGGGAAAUGGGAGAAUUCCAUCGUCCCUAAACCCACUGCUUACGGAAGGCCCAACCCCGCUGCUGACCUGACAAGGUGUGCGUUUCAGAGCCCACCCCCUCUGCCUGUCCUCCACCUGCCAGCGGUGGGCGACUUGUCAACAAAACCCCGAACCCUGACGUGGCCGUCCUGCUGGCUCUCACGGAGGAGGUCUCCCCAUCCAAGUCCGGCCCUCCGGGGUGGGAGAAACGGAGGGGAAAGCAGAGCCCCGUACGGGAGGCAGAGCGGCCUCCUCUGCGAUGCAGCUGAGAGCCAGACAGAAACAAUGGAGGGGCCUCUGGUCCUGAACCGUCUUUACUGGCGCCACGGACACGGCCGUUGGCUUCCCAGUCGUCCGUGGCUGCUGAGGCCCCCAGCAGCAGGGCUGAGGAGCUGCGACAGAGACGGGCCGGCCCACAAAGAGGACACCUUAUUUACUAGCUGGCUCUUGACAGAAAACAUCAGCUGACCCCUGACCUAGGUUAGGGCUUCUCAGUCAAGAUGUGGCAGGACAUUUUAUCCCUUGCUGUCCCCAUCCGUCCAUCCCACCCCCGCGGGCUCCUCGCUGGGAUUCACCCUCACCUGCGGCCCCCUGGGGGGACGUGCGGCUGCUUGGUUUGCACCUGAGCAGGGAGAGGGCGGUUUCUUCUCCUCUUUUAGGGAAAAGCUGUCAACAACCAGAGGACAGUUCCCUCAGCCCCAAGUUCACUUAGGGAGAGCGAGAACUUGACCUACUGCUCAAGGGAAAAAAAAAAAAACACACCUGGAGUCGGGGCUGAGGGCAAAAGGGGCUCUCUCUGCGGGAGAGGGGGUGUCUGUCCGCCUGGCCUGGACCCCCCCCCCCCCACCCCUGCAGAGAUAAGUUUUCUCAGCAGAGGAGGUGGUCCCUUCCUGCAGAGGUUCCUGACUUGGCUGCAGUGUUCGGUAUUGCUGACACGCUU